AUCGGCAUGGCUAAAAACCAAAGUCGCCGGGAAGAAGAAAGCGACAGCUUCUCAGCCGUCAAUCAACCACCACCUCCCACCGGCGACCAACCAUCGCAUUCUACUGACUCUUUUGCCCUGAUUCACCCGUACAAAACCGUCAUUCCACCACCCUAUAACCCAACUUCCGUUCCACCACCAUAUAAUACGUACUCAUCCGUCGCUCCACCGCCGUAUCUUACGUAUUACCGACCCGACGUUUCACUGCCGUACAACAAUGCCAUUCCGUCACCACAUAACACCUUCUACUACACUUACUCAGUUAUAAACACCUACACUACGUCCGUUCCACCGUCGUAUUCUUCCGCACCGGAUAACGCUGCCGUUCUGCCACCACCGGUCCACAAUAACGGUGAUACUAACGCAAGAUAUGAAAUGAGGCACCGACAUCCAUCAGGGGGCCAGCAGUCCUCAACAGAAUCAGCUCAUGAUGGAUUCCAAACACAGCAGCUAUCACAAGCAAGGACGCAGCCGUCCUCAACUUUUAAUCAAGAAGAUCAUGAUCGGACCCAAACACAGCAGCGUUUCCAAAGACAGUGGCAGGAAUCCUCUACUAUUAACGAUGAUCGGAGAUUUUGUGAUGACAUGUGCAAGAUUGGUGGCAUAGCUCUAGCUAUGUCACUAUCUCUCUAUGGAAUCAUGGCGACUCUAAUGGGUCAGUAUUCAGAUUCGUUCAUGAGACAACAUAUGAUAGCUGUGGGAAUAUCGGUGCUCGCGUUAUUGUAUUGUUGUGCAUCGGGAAUCGCUGUUUUGAUCAAUUAUCUUAGAGCCACCGAAGAUCCCGGGAAUAGAAGCUAUAUCAGAUUUUUAAUAUGCUCAUGCGUAUAUUGUGCUUUCUUUGCUCCACUUUUGCUUGGCAUUGAAGUGUUUAUUCAAGAGGAUACCAAGCCAGUCUAUUAUCUCAUCAUGGCCAUGAUUUUCAUAGCCGUGUUUACUACUUGUUUUUCUCUGUAGAACAGUAGAGGUAGUAAGGCCAAAAUAGCUAAUGAAAAUGAUUUGUUUUUGUACAUUUGUAAAAAACUGGGAGACAGGAAUAGGGUAUAGUACUAUAGUAUAUUAGCUUUUGCUGAAAAGAUAUGAUCUUUGGAUAUAGUAUACUAGCUUUUGCUAGAUCAAUUCACA